UCAUGUGAUCACCAGCCUUUUACACCAGAGCCAUCUCACGCGGAAGCAAGACUGAGCGUUUGCAGACCCCUGGCUCUCUCCCCACCCACCCCCCUUAAGAUUUCCUACUCAUUAGCCAAGUCUGCAAGAACAACCACCUCAAGGAUUUGACAGUAUGAAGCCUGUUAUUGUGGUUCAUGGUGGAGCUGGCCGCAUCUUUAAAGAUCGGGAAGAAGGAGCUCGUUCAGGUGUUACCAGAGCAGCACUGAAAGGUUACAGUAUCCUUAAACAAGGAGGAAGUGCAUUAGAUGCAGUUGAAGAAGCAGUGACCUCAAUGGAAGAUGAUCCACAUUUUAAUGCAGGCUAUGGAUCUGUUUUAAAUGAGAAGGGUGAAGUAGAAAUGGAUGCCAUUAUCAUGGAUGGAAAAAAUCUAGCCUCAGGAGCAGUAUCUGCAGUUAAAUGUAUAGCUAACCCAAUAAAGCUUGCUCGUCUUGUCAUGGAAAAGACAGAGCACAUGUUGCUUACUGACCAUGGAGCAAAGCUUUUUGCCAAGGCCAUGGGUGUUCCUGAGAUUCCAGGGGAGAAACUUAUAACGGAAAGAUCCAGGGAGAGAUGGAGCAAGAACCUUGAGCCAGAUUCUAACCCUCAGGAGUUUAAAAAAGACCCUGGAACAGUUGGUGCUGUUGCUAUAGACAAUGAAGGAAACGUAGCUUGUGCAACAUCCACUGGGGGACUCACUAAUAAACUGGUUGGCCGAGUCGGUGAUUCAGCAUGCAUAGGAAGUGGAGGCUAUGCUGAUAACCAUGUUGGUGCCACCUCUACCACAGGACAUGGAGAAAGCAUGAUGAAAGUGGUCCUAGCCCGACUUAUUCUCUAUCAUAUGGAACAAGGAAUGUCACCGGCGGAGGCUGCUGACACUGCAUUGAAUUAUAUGAAAACAAGGGUGGGUGGAUUAGGAGGUGUCAUAGUUGUCAGCAAUUCAGGGGACUGGGCAGCAAGAUUCUCCACCAAGCAGAUGUCUUGGGCUACAGUGAAGGAUGACCAGUUGCACUAUGGCAUUUACACUGGGGAGAUACAUACGAGCUCUGUAUGCAAUUCUGGGGAUGAAGAAAAGUGGACAGUAUAGCAGGACAAAGAUCUCAGUCUUCAUGGGGCGCAGUGAAAAUUGAUGUUUAUCUUUCUGAAAAGAUUUACCCUCUAUUAAAUGUUCCCAGAAUUCACCACAUUUUACAAGCAAACUGAAAGAGGCACUGGGCUUAAAAAUAAUGGAUGUGGAUAUGGUGAUCAUUUUCAAUGUCUCUAGAAAGCACCAGGGCUGGUAUUCUCUUUUCAAAAACCAGAUAGAGUAUAGGUGUGUAAAAGGGCGUCCCCUCAUGUCUGGGCCUGGUGCAGAUGGCUCUCUUCUAGCCCCUCUGCCGACAGUUGCUCCAGCCCUGUAGUGGUCUGCCUCUUCUUGUGACUCAGCCUCUCCAGCCAGGUCCCACCCCUUCUAGAGUAGUGAAGUCCAACAGAUAAUCUAAUGUCCUUACAAAAGGUCUUCAGCCCUGAUUCUGGCCCCCUGUGGUCCUUAGAGCUGCUCAUCUCAGAGCUGUCAAAAGUCCUUUUCCACUUAUAUCAGGGGCUUCAUGCCACCUUCUCUGAUGGCUAGCAGGGGAACCCAGGUCCUCCCACUACGCUAGGUUCCAGUCCAAGGACCCUACAACCAGCCAAAGUCUACCAUGUCAGACUCCUUACUGCUGCCUCUUUGGACUUCUUCCUACCAAGUCUGUCAGCAGGCUUCUCUCACAACUGCUAUAAAUUCACCCUCCUUUCAGGGCCAGAACUUCCCCCUGGAAUCUGCCAGUAAAUCUCAUACCAAGUGUACAAUUUAACCCAUCUUCACUUUCAUCCCUCCUAAGUUUCUCUUAUACAGUCCCUCAGUUAACCACCUGCCAGGGCUCUCUUUCGGGAAGUCCAGAUCCUGCCUUUUAUCAGAGCUCAGCACAUUGAAGCUUGUUCGGUCCUAGCGGCUGCACUGUGUCUCACCUGGCCUCUUUCUAGAUUUCUCUACCCAUAAGAGGGUCCCAGGGCCAACCUUCUUCCUAGACUUCCUCCUCAACCCUCAGGGUCUUGCUACUCUCUUGUACCUGAGGAGUGAAUGCAGAAUUCUUCUCUCUCCCUGAAGGUCCCUUCUUUCUUUUUUUUUCUGCUUCCUUUUUAAUGGUGCAGCAGCCUCCGCCUAUGAGGCUAUGACUGCCACCUACAGCAAUUUUUGCAUAAGGAAAAUCUAUAUCCUCUCACCCAGUCCUGUAUCCUUAAAAAAAAUCAAAGAAAUUCUUUUUUAAUACUACCCCACUUUCCAAUCCUUUCAGACUACAUUCUUUCUCCUUGGGUUUCAGAGUAGCAGCCGUGUUAGUCUGUAUUCGCAAAAAGAAAAGGAGUACUUGUGGCACCUUAGAGACUAACAAAUUUAUUAGAGCAUAAGCUUUCGUGAGCUACAGCUCACUUCAUCGGAUGAAGUGAGCUGUAGCUCACGAAAGCUUAUGCUCUAAUAAAUUUGUUAGUCUCUAAGGUGCCACAAGUACUCCUUUUCUUUCUCCUUGGGUGCGUCUCAGUUCUUCAUAUAGAUUUUUUUCUUUCUAUGUAACUGCCCUUGCAUUGCCACAGCAGAUGCUUGACUGUUUCUUGGACUAUAGGUGCCCAUAACCCAUUUUGUGCUUGUUUAGUAACUAUAAAUUGUCACUCUGACCUGAAUGGUCUGUUAGCCCUCUAAAUGUAUAGCUACUUCACUUCUUCUAUCAUAGCUAUUAAGUAUACCAUUAUCAUCAAGUUUAGGACAUAUUUCAUAGGACCUUUGUUCUUUUUUUCUCUUUGGUCCAUAGUUCUUGACAUUCCUUCUUAAGUUCUCUCUUAAUCAAACUUCUGAAGUCCUGUAUACUCAGAGGGCUCUUCAUGUCAAUCUCAUUUUAAGGCAUUUUUCACUGCUUUAUCUCCCAUUUUGGUGACCAGUAUCCCAGCAAGCACCAGAAUCCACACGAUUAUGAUAGGUAUACCCAAUUGUACUCUCUUUAGUUAAGAAUAAUUGAUUGAACCAGUGCUGCUUUCCGAGGCUUCCUUUGUAAUCACCAUUAUACUUGAUAUACCCGUCAUAAUGGCCACAAAAUUGCAUAGUCUCAUAGGUCUCUUAAUUGCAGAUUCAGGGAUACAAAAGGCCCUUCCAAAGCUGUGUUCUCAUCUCUAGAGCAGUCAGUAUAGAUUUGGCAAUGCUGACCCCAUUUGCCAUGUAUAAACUCAUGAAUUAUAGCCGUCGUAUUUGAUAGUCCUGCUCUUACCUUUGUUGUAUCAUAUAAUUUCAAAUGCACACCUGGAGAGACAACCAUCCAGCCAUAGUUUGAUUUCCCAUGACUAAGAUUUUAAUUUCUUCUAGACCUUCCUUUUAACCCACCUUUUGACCCUGUUUGCAGGUGGGAGUUUGUGCCUACUUAAUUCCCAACUGUCUCGUAUAUUUGUUUAGUACUCUUAUCUUUGCUAGUUCCAUUAACCUUCGCUGAAAAGGUUAAAUCUAACAAUUUCUACCUAAAUUUAUAGGCAUUUCUCAGGUUGCUACCUGCAGCACACACGAGAGAUUCCAGAGUUGUAAUACUUGCACAACAUGUGAUUCCCAGAGCUUGGGCUUGGAUCUUGGCUCUGAUUUAAAAAAAAAAAAAAUUUUAAGUGUUGAUUUAGAAGUUGAUUUAAAGUCUUGGUAUCCAUAAUCUGUAAAUGGUCUUAUUAAUGCCCUUUACAGCAUCAACAGUUUGUUCUUAUCUGCACCCCGAGUUGUUCCCAGCAAUACUUUUAAGCAGAUUCAUCCUAUCGCCAUUAUACUUGAUAUACCUGUAUAUCUGUAACCCUUCCAAGUUAGUUUAUUGAACAUAACUCCUAAAAAUGUAAAAUUUUGAACUACCUGAUUUUUUCUGUAUAGAGAGAGAGGUUCCAUUCUUCCCCAGUCUUCCUUUUUGGUGAAGAUCAUUCCCUUUUUUUGGGCAAAUGAGAACCUAAAUCCCCAAGUAUCUCCCCAUUCUGAAAUUCCCAAGUGCCUCAUUUGUUCUCUCCACAGCUAUCUUAAGUCUUCUAUAUUUGGCCCAUAUAUCACAGUCAUCCGCAAAUAGACUAAUACCUAUUCCUGCCUGUAUACUCCCCGGGAGAUCAUGAAUAAUAAUAAUAAACACGGUUGGGCUGAUAACACUCCCCUGUAAAAUGCCAUUAGUAAAUUUAUAAAUAUUUGACAGACUUGCCCCCACCUGACUUGCAUGGUUCUACCACUUAAGCAAUCUCUUAUCCACCAAAACGUUGUUCCUCUUACUCCAACUGUGGCUAGUUUAUACAUCAAGCUUCCCUCCAUAGCAUGUCAUACGUUUUUCAGUUUUUCAUAGAUCUAUAUGCAUGAGGUCUUUGCAUAAUUUGCUAGGUUUUCCUAUCAAUAUAACCACCGCUUAAUUCCAUUCUGCUGCCAGUAUUCCUUUUCCCCAUAUUCUGUAAUUCAAUAAAACAAAUGCUCUUCCAGUAGGUGCUUAAGCAUUGCAUUACAUAUGCUAUUCUUACUUGGGAUACUGCAUUUUUACUUUAGCCUGUAGCUUUUUUGAGUUCCUGUAUGCUGAAAUUUUCAUUCAGCACAACAUCUUUAUAUUCUACCCUGUCAUGUAAGAGCUCACGGUAUUUUUCAGCAAACAUUUUUUGUUCACCAACCUCCUUUCUCUGAUUUUAUCACUACUAACUUUUUGGAACUCUUUUGCUAAAAUACUCAUUUUUCCUAAGUUAGAAAUGUCAACUUUAUCAUUUACUAUAAGACUAUGUAUGAAUUUUUGUUUUUACUCCAUAUCCCAUUCAUUCUUUUAACUUGUUUCUUUCUCUCUGAAACCUUAGAAUUGUUGUUCAUUUUCCCACAAUAUUUCUCCAGUUCUCUUGCAUUUUUAAUAAUCUUUGCACCACUGCUUUACAUCUUUUAUAAUUCAUUAAAUCCUUGCUAUUCAUUGUACUUUUUGCUUGUUUGUAUAUUUGUUUGCUUGUUUGUGUAUAUUUCUUUAAUUGCUGCAUGACAAUCUUCGUUCCACUAGGGAACUGGAUUUCUGAGUUUCUGGCAGUUUGGUGUCUUACAUAUAGCUAGGUUGGCUGCUGUUACUACUCCCUUUAUUGUAUGAUCAUGAAAUUCCUCUAGAUUAUCACUUAUACAAUUGGAUAUUAGAUAUUCAGCACAUUUACUGUUAGAAAGGCAAACUGGGGGCUCUAAGGCUCUAGGUAGGAAUUUCUUCAGUGUUUUCAACAUUACCUUGGCCUCUUUAUAGAUUGCCCAGCUUCAUUUACAUUCUAUAUUGCUUGUUGAAAUUCUCAGAUCUAAACAUACAAAGGGUCUAUCCACAGAAUUAAACCUACUAGGUGCUCCAGUAUCGAGCAAUACUAGGCUGUGCAGUUCAACGAACUGUUCCAGGCAUUUGUCAUUAUAACCAGUUUUCCUGCUUCCUCAUAAUUCAUUAUGGCUAUUAAAAUUUCCACAAAUAAUAUCCAGGCCUUUGACACCCUUAACUAACUCUUCCAAUUCUAGAUUGUCUAGUUUUUUUUAGAUGGGUUGUGAAUCUUAGUGGUUUGUAUAAAGACAGUGCUAUUCUGCAGAGGAAUCUCAACAGCAUUGUACUCAACUUUCGUUUUGUACAUCUAUGUCAAUGUAACUAAGACCUUCCUUUAGAGCAGGAAGCUUCUUUAUAGUUGUAGUUAUUUCUCUGUCACAUCAGAUUAUAUCAUAUCCUGGAAGUCUAAACAUAAGUUCUCACUAACCAUGUUUCUUGUAUAUGUAUCACAUCAAGGAUUUUUUUUCCAUUUAAAGUUUCCAUUAAUACCUGACCAUGUGUUGUUAAACUAUGUACCAGCAAAAUAAUAAUAAUAAUAAUAAUAAAAUUAGAAACACUUGCUUAAA